GAUUGAUUGGUUGAUGGAUGUGGCAGGGAACCCUGAGCAGGGCAGACUCUAAUAAACUAGAUAACUGCCUCAUCAGGCAGGAACUUAGAAUAGAUCCGUGCACGAAAGGCUCUCUGUGCGCUGGUUUGUUUCUGUUGGAGCCAGUUGUGUUUGAACCUGCUGCUGUUGUUAAUGAUAUUCAGUUUCGGAGUGAAGAUGUGAGGAGCAGAAUAUAACAGAAGACGCCGUUACAACACAGUUAACGCUCCACCGGAAACAUGAGCAUACAGGAAAAGCCUCUCGCGCACGUAGUCUAUUGACUGCACAUCUGACAUUCACAUGUAACCAUCUGCCAGCCCUUCCUUAAAAAAGGAUGCCAACUGGCACAUCGGGAGCAGGAGGAGCUGGGCUUGAACCUGCAACUUUGCAGUUCCUGGACAACUCUUUACCUCCUGAGCCACUGCUGCCAACAGCUGAUAUUUUGCUUUGCAGUGUGGAAAAAUCAUCACAUGCGCACAGUAACCAACUGUUUCAUUGUGAACCUCUCCUUUGCCGACAUCCUCGUCACCGUCAUCUGUCUACCGGCAAGUCUUGUUGUGGACAUCACCGAGACCUGGUUCUUUGGGAGCACCCUUUGUAAAGUGGUUCCGUAUUUACAGACCAUCUCUGUGUCCGUGUCCGUACUGACCCUCAGCUGCAUCGCUCAGGACCGGUGGUAUGCAAUCUGCCACCCGCUCAUGUUCAAGAGCACGGCCAAGCGGGCACGCAAGUCCAUCCUCCUCAUCUGGGUGGUGUCCUGCAUCAUAAUGAUCCCCCAGGUCGUCGUCAUGGAGUGCAGUCAGUUCCCAGAACUCACCAACAAGACCAGCCUCUUCACCGUGUGUGAUGAGCAUUGGAGUGAUGAAAUCUACCCCAAGGUCUACCACACCUGUUUUUUCAUCUUCACAUACUUUGCUCCACUGUGCCUCAUGGUCCUGGCAUACAUCCAAAUUUGUCACAAGCUUUGGUGUCAGCAGAUUCCAGGAACAUCAUCAGGAGUGCAGAGAAAGUGGCACUCACUGCAGUGUGCCACCUUGGCAUCGGGCACCGGUCCAUCUGUCAAGGUGAAAACCAGCGCAGUGACGGCAGAGGUCAAGCAGGUGAAAGCCCGGCGGAAGACGGCUCGCAUGCUGAUCGUGGUCCUCUUUGUGUUCGCACUAUGCUACCUGCCGAUCAGUGUCCUCAAUGUGAUGAAGAGGGUGUUUGGGACAUUUCAAUAUAUAAACAACAGAGAGACGGUGUAUGCCUGGUUUACCAUCUCCCACUGGCUGAUAUAUGCGAACAGUGCAGCAAAUCCCAUCAUUUAUAAUUUCCUCAGUGGUAAGUUUCGUGAGGAGUUCAAAGCAGCAUUCUCCUGCCACUGCUAUGGUCGCCAGGAGACCGGCGAGAAACAGCGUGUGAGAACAAGAACCAGCACAGAGAGCCGGAAAUCCCUCUCCACCCAGAUGAGCAACCUCGACAGCGUCUCCCGCAUUUAUGACCAUGUGCUGUAGGCCAGUGAGAAUUCUAAAAGAGAUUCAACCAUACACAAUCAUUCUCAGAUGUGAGAAGACUUUAAAUGUUAUCAUGGCUGUGGAAUGAGCAGGGAAGUCAAUGAGCAAAGAGGGGUAUGCAUUUCCAAUAACUAAAUGAAACAAAUAUCAUACAAUUUUGUUCUCUGCACCCUUUAGAGGAUAGACCACUGAUUUGCUCAUGACAUCAAAUACAACAGGAUAUUGAUAAACAUUGGGGUGUGGUUAAAAGCAUUUGUAUAGGACUGUAUUGCUCUUCAAGAUAAAAAAUGUAUUUUGUCACCCUUCUCUAGUGCAUACCUCAUACACAGGGAACAGUGAGAGAAUGGGGAGUGAAAUGUAGUUGGGGUGUGGUUAAAAAAAAGUAUUUGUAUAGUUUUUGGAGAAACUCUGGAAACUCUAGGGAAGUUUUAGGAUAGAUGCUGCACAGACAAAAAUCAUAACAUAAAAACAUUAAUUUAUUAAUCUUCAUUUGUGAUUUCUGCUUUGUGUCAACGUUUAUUUGCUGAGACAUGAUAUGAAUGUUGUAAUUUAUUUUCGCUGUAUACUUGUUGGAAGUUGUCAUGUGAUAUGAUCAUCAUGAUCAUUAGUAUAAUCAUCAGUAUAUUGCAACAGGACAUGUACUUAGUAAGGGUAUUUAUUUUUGAAGGGUUAUAAUAAUUUCAUAUGAGCAUUAUAUGUUGUAGUUGGCUACACAAGACCAUGUCAUGGGUAAAACUGCAGUGUGUCUUUGAUUGUUGGGAGUAUAAUGAUGACAAAUAUCAGGUUUUGAUAUUUUGUUAAUUUAUAAAACCUGUUGAAAAUUACUGUAUUGCUCUUCAAGAUAAAAAAAAAAUAUUUUGUCACCUUC